AUGCAGGGCGCCGGCCGGGCAAUUUUGACGGAUCUGGAAUCUGGAUGCCUUGCAGAGAGCUCUGGUUACAUUGCGUCCUCAAACGCCGGAUUUGAGAAACUGUCUGCCUUAGAGCCGCAUCUUGCUGCCUUCCCUCUCACCAACAUUCGAGUUGAGCGCUUUCUUCUGUUCCUGCUUGCCGUUUCCCUCGUCUGGCGCGAUCCCCCAACUCUCGGCUCUUUUGGCUUUUGGAAGCCUUGCGCUUGCAUGGACGUUGAGGGUGUGAAGGAGCCCCGAAAAACUAAAGCGAGAGAAGAGGCGCAGAGAGUAGAGAGGCGGCAUUCGUUCUCAAGUAAAUUCACGUCUCUUGUUCAAGAUAAAUAUCAGCUUGCAUCAGGCCUAUUACGCCUCGAUCUCUUGAUACCCACUCCAAACAUCGAUCACUGGCUCAAUAUUGUUUCAAAGGCGUAA